AUGGCGCCCCGUCUUAGUAGAUGCAUUAAGAAGGGCUCAGCCUCACUCGCGUGCCCGUUAGUCAUCCUCAUCAGUCUCACUAUAAGCCUUCUGUGCACCCCGGGCCACGCCGCAAAAAUCAAGCCAGCUCAGGAGAAGUUUCUGCUCUCCUUAAUGCCAUACCUUAACGAGUACAUCUAUAACGAGACGUGGCGCGCGGGGACGGACUGCAGCAAAUGGGAAGGCGUCAAAUGCACCCCGCAAGGUGCGGUCGUGAGGAUCGAGCUCAACCUCUGGGAAACGGGCCCCAUUCCGUCGACCAUCACCAUUCUCAACUCCCUCCAACACCUCGAAAUUUCCGGGAUGAACCUCACUGGCUCCCUUCCGGAAUCAAUCGGCGCGCUUGUGACUCUCACGAACAUCAGAAUCAGCAGCACAACCGGGGGAUGCAGCGGCCGCAUUCCACGCUCCUUCCCUUCCCUCACCAACCUCGUGUCGCUCGACCUCUUCGGCCAUAGGUUUUCGGGAGGCAUCCCGCCCGCGCUUAGCAGCCUUAAGCGUCUUACUUACCUCUCGCUUGCCCUAAACCAGCUCACCGGGCCGAUUCCCGCCUCGCUCGGGUCCCUUCUGAACUUAAAGACGCUUCUCCUCGCGCAUAAUCGCUUAACGGGAGCCGUGCCGCGCCAGCUGUCGGAAUUGAAGCUCCUCGAGGAGUUAAAUCUGCAAGAGAACCGCUUAGUAGGCCCGCUACCUGGCAAGCUGACCGCUCUCGCUCAGUCUCUUAAGGUCCUCGACCUUUCGUACAAUCCCAUUGGCGGCGCCUUCCCUUACAAGUUAAUCAACAGGCUGUCGCGGCUCGAGGGAUUGAAUAUGCAGCAAGCGGGAAUUAAAGACUCGACUCUGUCGCUGGGUCAGCUGUGGCGACACCCGAGCCUUCGUUCCAUCGAUUUGAGCUCGAACAAGUUUUCAGGAAACUUGCCCCCCAUCCUGGGCAGGAUAAAAAAUCUGAACAAGCUUUACCUCAGGAAGAACCGGCUCAACGGCUCUGUUUCGUGGAAAUUUUUCGCGUGCAAACCGCCCCUGACCGAUCUUUCUCUCUCGUACAACCAGCUGACUGGAGAAUUUCCGUGGGCUGCUGUGAAAGCGGGAGUUGCGGGGACUCUGGAGCAUCUGGACAUUGCCAGCAACUCGUUCGUGGGUUCAAUUCCUGCCGCUGCACUUUCCAACAUUCCCCUGACGGAUUUCAACAUAUCGGAGAAUUACUUUUCAGGGCAGCUGCCCAAGCUGGGGAAGGGUGAUGGGGACAUGAUGUUUGAUCUCCAGUAUAACUACUUCUGGGGUGACCCGAUGCUUACGAUUUCCGGACAGAAACUCUGUCCGGAGGAGUCUGGGCUGAGGCAGGGCUACUAUUACAAGGACACGUGGCGCACGGGAAACGACUGCAGCCAAUGGGAAGGCGUCAGGUGUAACCCCCAAGGCGGGGUCGUAAAAAUCGAGCUGAACUUUUGGGAAACGGGCCCGAUUCCGUCCACCAUCACCGCUCUCAACUCCCUCCAACACCUAGAAAUCUCCGGGAUGAAUAUCACAGGCUCACUGCCGGUAUCGCUCGGCGCGCUUCUGACCCUCACCACCGUCAGCAUCAGAAGCAGCACGGGCGGCUGCAGCGGCCGCAUCCCACGCUCCCUCUCUUCCCUGACCAAUCUCGUGUCGCUCGAUCUUCUCGGCCAUAGAUUCUCCCAAGGCAUCCCACACGCGCUUAGCAGGCUUAAGCGUCUUACUUACCUCUCACUUAACGUAAACCAGCUCUCCGGCCCGAUUCCCCCCGCGUUGGGCACCCUCUGGAACUUAAAAACGCUCCACCUCGCGCAUAACCGCUUAACGGGAGCCGUGCCGCGCCAGCUGUCGGGACUGAGUCGCCUAGAGGAGUUGAGUCUGCAGGAGAACCGAUUAAUAGGCCCGUUACCUGGAGCCCUAGCCGCUCUCGCCCCGUCUCUCAAGAAUCUCGACCUCUCAUAUAAUCCCAUCGGUGGUGCCUUCCCUUACAAGCUAAUCAACAGGUUGUCGCGGCUUGAGUGGCUGAGUAUGCGGCAAACGGGGAUUACAGACACGACUAAGUCGAUCGCUCAGCUGUGGAGGCAUCAAAACCUAUAUCUAAUAAAUCUGAGCUCUAACAAGAUUUCGGGCAACCUGCCACACGUCCUGGGCAGGAUUCCAAAUCUCUACUGGCUAUCUCUCGCAGGAAAUAGGCUCAACGGCUCCGUUUCAUGGAAGUUUUUCGCGUACAAACCACCCCUGGGCGUUCUUUCUCUCGAGAACAACCAGCUGACCGGAGAAUUUCCCUGGAGAGCAUUAAAAGCGGGAGUUGCGGGCUUAUUGAGGCAAUUGGAUAUCAGCAGCAACAAGCUCGUGGGUUCAAUUCCUGCUGCUGCGCUAUGCAACUUUCGCCUGACUGAUUUCAACAUCUCUGGGAAUUUCUUUUCUGGGAAGCUGCCCCAGGUGGGAAGGGGUGACGGGGACAUGGUGUUCGAUUUCCAGUAUAACUAUUUCUGGGAGCUGUGCAAAACUGCCUGUCUAAAACGGCUAGCUGCCCGGAAAAGCAACAGCGGAGCUGGGCAGCUUGUAAAAACUAUUGUGGAGCAAGCAGCAGCAGCCCACCCUGCUCUGGUCACGGAACCUGUGUGCCAGCGAACAGUGGCAGCAGCACUAUACAGUUUGAGUGCCACUGCUAUAUCGGGUAUGAGCUAA